AUGGCCGUGGUCCCGCACAGUACCCCUGAUCCUGUAAAACGGCGUGGGAAACGAGUUCCACCAGCGCCGGCAAAACACGCUCAUGCAUCGUUCAGUUCAGGCGUAAAUCGGCGACCAACGCAACCUCUGGUAGCAUCGACAGCUGCGUCACUUACUCAGGUGGCGGUUAGAGGUUCCGCUUCCUGCACGAUCGAUCGGAGGUUUGAAUCCGCCCUACUGCUCACCAAGCCUUUCAUCCCUCCGAGAUUUCAGAUGAGCUCAAGGAUAUUCGCUCCUCUCUAUUAUCUCUUAGAGUACCUGCGAAUAUGUCUCCAAUGGGCCAUCGUCCUAUUUAUUGCGAUGCCUUUAAGCACACUUUACGAUAUUUUCUUUGCAAUGCGAAAUAAACUCGUCUACUCGCUUGGAACUGCUCCGAGAGCGCACAACAGAAAGGUGAUGGCGAUACAAAGGCAGGUUCACAACUGGUCGGAGAAUUGUAGAAGGACGAAAAUGUGCCCAGUUUCGUCCGGAUGGUUCAAAGUUUUUCGACCUACUUCACAGAAUGGGAUUACAUAUAUUCAAACUGGAGUUUUGAUGGACAUCCUUGAGGUGGACACCCGUAGACUGGCUGUUCGAGUUGAGCCUAUGGUUACGAUGUCACAACUUUGCCAGGCCCUUAUUCCGUUAGGCUACUGCCUUCCGAUUCUUCCUGGUUGGCCUGAUCUUACUGUACAAGAUGCCAUCAAUAGCUGUGGAGUGGCUGCCUCAGGGCGAAAAUACGGUCUUUUCCAACACAUCUGUCUCUCGUAUGAGCUGGUGAUGCCAGAUGGAAGUCUCGUUGUAGCAUCCAAGGAGAAGAAUGGUGACGCCGAAACACAAGCGCUAUUCUAUGGUGUGCCUUGGAGUGCGGGGACACUGGGAAUCCUCGUCGCUGCCACACUUCGCAUAAUUCCAGUCAAACCCUUCGUUAAAGUCACCUACGCUCCUACUAACAGCAUCGAGGAAAUGCAGUCAAAACUCACCGAAGAAUGUAACUGUCGAGAAAACGAGUUCGUUGAGGGCCUACAGUUAUCCAGGGAAGCAGGAGUUGUGAUGCGUGGAAGGUUCUCCGAAGGACCGCCAAAGAAUUUCUCAUUCGACAUAAACAGAAUUGGGCGUUGGUAUAAACCGUGGUUCUACACUCACAUCGAGACAAUGUCAUCUGAUAAUGAAUUCACAGAAUUCAUUCCUCUGCAAGCCUACUAUCAGCGCUAUACACGGCAUCUCUACUGGGAGUUGAAGGAUCUCCUUCCCUUCGGGAACAGAUUUCUAUUCAGGUGGCUUCUUGGAUGGAUGAGCGCACCCAAGAGUGAAAUACUUAAGGCGGCUUUGCCCGAAUUUAUGAGUUCAAAAAUGUCACAGAAGCGUACGAUGCAGGAUCUCCUCGUGCCUAUGGAGCAUCUUCCUGAAAUCGUUGACGUUUGCGACAUGGAAACUCAGAUCUACCCCCUCUGGCUAUGUCCUUACAAUCAACCAUCCUGCCCUGGUAUAGUUCGACAACGAUCUGGAAGGAAUGUACUAUUCGUCAAUGUGGGUGUCUACGGCGUCGCAAAGAAAUCGAACUUUCACCCGAAAAUCAGCAUCAGGCGGUUAGAAGAAGCUGUACGUUCGCUGAACGGGGUACGAAUAAUGCGAGCAGACACACAGAUGAGUAGAUCGGAAUUCUGGCAGAUGUUCGACUCAUCCUUGUAUGAAUGGCUUCGAGUCAAGUACAACUGCAAAGAAGCGUUUGCAGACGUUUACGAUAAAGUGUCUCCAGCUGUAUAUUAG